AUGGCGAAUCCGGAGACGUCCCGGGUGAUGCAAUUCGCCAAGAAUUUGUCGCUCUUCAUCCUCAGCUUCGUCUUUCUCCCGACAAACGCACUCUUUGCACUGGUGUUCUUUCUCUGGGAUCGCUUCACGUCCAAGUCUACACCGUCGAAUGCAAGCCAAAAUGAUCAGGAUAAUCUUGACAAGACGACCAUUCUCGUCACGGGCGUCAACAUGGCAAAGGGCCUCUCCCUCGCACGCAUGUUCCACCGUCGCGGCCAUCGCGUCAUAGGCGCUGACUGCUACGCUCUUUCUCCCGGUCGCGUAUCCCGUGCAAUCGACGCCUACUACCAACUGCCUACUCCGUCAGACCCUUCAAAGACAAGCAUGAAUGAUCCUUACCUCAACCGAAUUACAGAGAUCAUUCACCACGAGGACGUUGAUCUUUGGGUCUCGGUUUCGGACGUCAAUGCCGCGAUUGAAGACGCUGCUGUGCGAGAAAUCAUUGAGGCGCGCACGAAUGCAAAGGCUAUACAAUUUGGUGUUGAGGAUAUUAGACGCCUGCAUGAAAAGGAUGCGUUCAUCGAGCAUACAAAGUCGCUGGGUCUGACUGUUCCUCUCACCGAGGCUGUUGAGGACAGGGAAGAUGUUAUUAACUUCCUCUGUCGCAAUGGCGGCUUGGAGUUGAAGCCUGGUGCGAGACAAUACCUUGUCAAACCUGUUGGUGUAGACGACGUCGCUCGCUUCACUAUGCCAUUACUCCCUCUCAACUCCGAAGACGCUACACUCGCGCGCAUCGACACAAUCCCCUUCAAGGCAGCCAAAUGCUCCUUCAUCGUCCAAGAAUACAUCACCGGUCCAGAAUUCUGCACACACGCACUCGUCAUUCGCGGUCGCGUGUGCGCGUUUGUCGCAUGUCGUUCAGCAGAUGUUUUGAUGCACUACUCCGCUCUUCCUGCUGAUUCGCCGCUUAGCAAAGCGAUGCUUGACUUUACGCUAAAGCAGGCGAAGGAGGGUGGCGACAAUUUUACUGGACAUAUGAGCUUUGACUUCUUGAUUAACAAGGAGGAUGAAGAUGCUGCAAAGUCUGGUGCUGAGAAGGAUGUCACGAUAUAUCCUAUUGAGUGUAAUCCCCGAGUCCACACCGCGACGGUCUUGUUCAACAAUACCCCCGAGAUUGUCGACGAGUAUCUUUCCAUCCUUUCACCGUCUUCUGAGCCAAGACCUUUGACUAAACCUCCUCUGUAUCCUAACGAUCCGCAGAAUUACUACUGGGUCAGUCAAGAUCUCGUCGAGCUUGUGUUGUAUCCUUUCUACCUCACCCUCUUCAAGGGUACCAUGGGAUUCUCCCAAGUGUCCAAGUCUAUUCAUGCUUUUGCGCAACAUUUGAUCUAUUGGAAGGACGGAACGUUUGAGGCUUGGGACCCGAUGCCUUGGUUAUGGAUGAUGCAUGUCUAUUGGCCUGUACAGUUUGCUUGGUACAUGUCUACUGGAUCAGUCUGGACAAAGGUUAAUGUCAGUACCGGAAAGGCGUUCAAGGGAUAG